CUUGCACCCUCCCAGCCGUACCCCGCUAAGGAGGUUGGCCAUCCCCUUGGUUCUGUGGAUCCGGAGGAGGGCUGAGUGGCGUAGCUUGGAUCGAGGUCGCACUGUGUAAAGGCCUGCAACCCUCGGAUGGGAAACCUGGCCCUCGGGAGGAAACUCUCGGCUGAUUCCACCUGCGGGCGCAACUCCACCGAACUCUACUGCUCCUACAGUGAGAACGCAGACUUGACCUGCCGCCAGCCCAAGUGCGACAAGUGCAAUGCGGCACUCCCACGCCUGGCUCACCUCCCCUCCGCCAUGGCCGACUCCUCCUUCCGCUUUCCCUGGACGUGGUGGCAGUCGGCCGAGGACGCUCGCAGGGAGACGAUCCAGUUGGACUUGGAGGCCGAGUUCUACUUCACUCACUUGAUCAUGGUGUUCAAGUCGCCCAGGCCAGCCGCCAUGGUCCUGGAGCGGUCCCAGGAUUUCGGGAAAACAUGGAAGCCUUACAAGUACUUUGCCACCAACUGCUCCUCCACCUUCGGCCUGGAGGAUGAUGUUGCUGAGAAGGGAGCCAUGUGCACUUCUAGAUACUCCAGGCCCUUCCCCUGCACUCGUGGAGAGGUUAUAUACAGGGCUUUGUCACCACCGUAUUCCUCUGAAGAUCCUUACAGCCCCAAAGCUCAGGAGCAGCUGAAGAUCACCAACCUUCGGGUUCAGCUGCUGAAACGGCAACAUUGCCCCUGCCAAGGCAACGACCUCAAUGCAAAGCCUCAGCAUUUCACACACUAUGCCAUCUAUGACUUCAUUGUCAAGGGCAGUUGCUUCUGCAAUGGCCAUGCAGAUCACUGUGCACCUGUUGAUGGCUUCAGACGGGUCAAAGCAGCAGGGGCCCUCCAUAUGGUCCACGGGAAAUGUAUGUGUAAACACAAUACAGCAGGCUCCCACUGCCAAUACUGUGCUCCACUAUACAAUGACCGACCUUGGGAGGCUGCAGAUGGCAAGACGGGGGCCCCAAAUGAGUGCCGUACAUGCAAGUGCAACGGUCACGCCGAUACGUGUCACUUUGACAUUGACAUAUGGCAGGCAUCGGGGAAUCGCAGCGGUGGAGUCUGUGACAACUGCCAACACAACACUGAAGGGCAGCACUGCCAGCGGUGCAAGCCAGGCUUCUAUCGGGAUCUCCGACGACCCUUCUCAGCCCCCGAUGCCUGCAAAUUGUGUUCCUGCCACCCUGUUGGAACAGCAGUCCUUCCCUUCAGCUCGGUGACUUUCUGUGACCCCAGCAAUGGUGACUGUCCUUGUAAACCUGGAGUUGCAGGUCCUCAUUGCGACAGGUGCAUGGUGGGUUACUGGGGGUUUGGAGAGUAUGGCUGCAGACCCUGUGACUGUGCUGGAAGCUGUGACCCCCUCACUGGAGACUGCACCAGCAGCAGUGCAGACAUUGACUGGUAUGAAAUCCCCGACUUUCACUCUGUCUUUAAUGAGAGUGAGGCGACCAGGGAAUGGGAGGACGAGCAAGGAUUCUCUGCUCUUCGACAUUCAGGUAAAUGUGAAUGUAAAGAACAGGUGUUAGGAAACCCCAAAGUCUUCUGUGGGAUGAAAUAUUCCUAUGUGCUAAAAAUAAAGAUUUUAUCAGCUCAUGAUAAAGGCUCCCAUGCUGAGGUCACCGUGAAGAUCAAAAAAGUAUUAAAAUCCACCAAACUAAAGAUUCUCCGAGGAAAGCGGACACUCUAUCCAGAAUCCUGGACUAACAGAGGCUGCACUUGUCCGAUCCUUAAUCCCGGAUUGGAAUAUCUUGUGGCAGGCCAUGAAGAUGUAAGAACUGGCCGACUGAUUGUCAAUAUGAAAAGUUUUGUGCAGCACUGGAAACCAUCUCUUGGAAGAAAAGUCAUGGAGAUUUUAAAGAGAUAUUGCAACUAAUAGUAAGGUGCGUAGAGCGCUAGGGCAUUUCUAUGUGCGCAAAAGCAAACUUGAUAAGAAGGAGACCUUGAAAAUGAAACUGGAAUGUAAAAAAAAAAGUGCCAAAAAGUGUCGAGAGAUAUUCCAACACAUAGGCUUUGUCUAACACAUCACCCAUUUGGACCAGUGUUUAAGCAAUAUAUACAAGUAAGUGCCAACAUUUCAUUUUGAGAGUGGGGGUGGAAAGGGAGGGCAUAGGGCUUGGGAGAUGGUAAAUGGAUGAGUUUACAGACUUGGGAGUGGCAGGAAGACUUUGAUGAGCAAACGUGUCAGAAAGACCCUAUUUGGGGUCUUUUUAGCUCUGCUUGGAAGCUCCCAGAUGAGAUGGUGUCAAAGACCUGGGAUGACAGAGGUAUAGAAUUGGCACUUAUUCAUGUACCAUAACUUCUUUGAGGGAAUGAAUUGACAGUUUUUGUUGCAUAAAAGUGUAGAAUCUAAAAACAGAUGUUGAUACCAAGUUUGUGCUGGGCUGAUUCUGAUAUUUGCAUCAGAUGGGAGUCCUACAGGAGCAAUGUGUGAUUUUGUAGUUAACCUUUGAUAACAAUGUGUUUGAUUAGUAGCCUUCAACAACAGAAAGUGUUGCUUUGCAUUUUAUGCUAUUUAAAGAAAUUAAUGAAACUUAACCUGAGGCACUUCAAUCUUGUUUCACAAAGUUGUUUAAGAAAGAGCCUUCUCUUGAAGGUGAUGCGUGGUAUGUGAACUUUGGUCUGUAAGGUGUUAAAUGGAUCUUAGUCACCUGUAAAUAAUAUUUCAUUGUAUAAAGCACUUUACUACCUGCCACUAUGGACUUGUGGAAUUUCUGAUUUUUUGAGGGAAGAGAAAGAAGACAGUGUGUAGGGACAACAUAUUGAAACGGAAGCACUCCAAGAUAUACCUAAAUGGACAAGAGUAACUGUAAAAAAUAAAUUCUUCUCUUUUGGCUCUGGCACUGAACACUCAGAGAAAAUUUUUUAAGGAUGCAAUUUGAAAAUAAAAAUGUAUUUGCACUGAGAUCCCAACUUCAGACCAGGAUUUGGAUUCCAUAUAUAUCGGCUGUGAUGAAAUCUUAAAAAAGUCAAAGUGAACAAGAGAUUUUAAAAACAAGAGAAUGCAAUCUUCCACAGAUAAUGACUACCUGGAGAGAAAAAUAUGGACAUUAAGGAAAAGGAAGUCAUUUAUUUGCAUCACACAAGCCUACAAUUCAAAAAUCACAGUGAACAUGGAAUAUAUUUUAUUAUAUGCUAAGUAUUUAAGUCUGAACAUAAAGGGGUUUUUCCCAAGUCUUUACAGUAUAUAUGGUCAUUAUCUUUUUCCAUUAUUAACACCAAUGUAUGAGACAGUUCACAGAAUUAAUUCAAAUUUUCAUAAUUAUUCCUCUUCUGUAAUCCAUGUUUAGCCACAUUACCUACAGACCCUUCAGUACAUAGGUGUACAAAAGAGAAAAAUGAACUGCAGUGUUGUAAGAAUCACAUCACUCUUCUCAUACCGCAUGUAUUUUUUUUGAGGUCCCAUGGACUUGCAAAAAUGGAUAUUCUUUGGUUAAUUUGUUUUUAUAUUUCAUCUAUGUAAUAAAAGAAUAUGAUUUCAUAA